AUGUCCCUCCUCCUCCUCACCCUGUCGAUCCUCUCGGCCGUCGCAGCACCAGCACCCGCUCCCGACGCAUCCGAACAGGAGCUCUACGUCAACCUGACCGAGAUACUCAGGCGCACCGACGCCGCCGGCGGCCACAAGAAAGGCGCCGCCUACAACAACCGCGCCAACGCCGAGGAGCUGCACAGGUUUGGUGCCGCCUCGUGGGGCUACAACUGGAAGACGGAACAAGGGGCGCUCAGCUUCGAGCAGGUGCCUAUGUUCUGGGGCCCUUACAACAACGCCAAGCCCAUCCUGGACGCUAUCGACAAGAAAGAGGCCAACGUCCGCUGGGUGAUGGGGUACAACGAGCCGGACGAAGUCGUCGACAAUGGCGGAUGUGAGCAGUCGCCUUCAGAGGCGUACCGACACUGGGGGAACAACAUGUUCCCCUUUGCAGACAGGGGGGUAAAGCUCGUGUGCCCGGCCAUCACAUCCUUCAACACAAAUGUAGGGCACGCCGGCUACCCGGCCGGCCUGGCGUGGCUGCGCCAGUGGGCACACUUCAAGGGAAACCCGCGCGAGUUUCGGUGCAGCGCCUGUGCGCUGCACUGGUACGGGCCUGACGGUGGUGGCGUGAGCGGCAAGCAGCAGGCCAAGCUCUUCAUUGACUACGUUUCGUUUGCGCACCAAGAGGUCAAUACCAUCUUUGGCUGGGACAUGCCGCUUUGGAUCACUGAGUUCGCGACCCUGCCGAGGGGAGAUACGAAGCUGCUGGCUGAGUUUCUGGCAGAGGUGGUGCCCUGGAUGAACGGGCAGCCGUGGAUCCACAGGUACUCGCCUUUCAUGGCAGAGUCUAUGUUCACCAAUGGGGUGUUAAAUGCUGCGGGAGGAGUAUUCAAGGAUGUGAGGUAA